UUGGCGGAGCUUGACAUCGUCAUCGGCGACCUUGAACGCGCAAACCUCCGUGUUACGGAAGUUUCCAAGAGGAAUGAGGAGCUCGCGUCCGAAGUUGCGGCACUGAAGUCAGGUCGUGGUACGGCUUCCGAAGAACGUGCUCAACAACUCGAUGCACGUGUGAAGGAGCUUGAGGAGGACUUGGAGAAGGUUUCGAAGACGCUGCAAAAGGCGAAGGAGGACAGAGAGAUGACUGAAGGUGACUUGAAGAAGAAGAUUGCUGCGUUGGAGAAGGAUCUGGAGAGGAAGGGUGAGGAGGCUGAGAGUUUGCGGAAGAAGUUGAGGGAGUUCGAUGAUUAUGGAUGAAGAAGAGGAACCUAAGCCUUACAACACCCAAGGAUCGGCAGGAGCUGCAGACUCCGGCAAUCAGUCCUCCUUGGAAAAGGCUCUUCAUGCACGGAACAAGAAGCUGACAUCGGAGCUCACUGUCCUUCGUGUUUCCCAAAACGACCUUCAGUCGCAGCUUGCCUCCCUCGAAACUGAACUUGCCCGUCUCACGCACGACCUUGACGAGCAGCGCGCUCUGAACUCCAAGCUGGAGAACGACUUGCUCCAAGUCAACGACGCUAAGACUCCAGGUGGUGGAGGAAGUGUUGCUGGACGUACUAACGCAGGAUGGACCGUCUCUGGUUGGACAACCGCAGGUAGGACGGAACGUGCUGGUGGCGGUCGAGUCAGUCCUACAUCGUCGAUCAUCGGCUUGCGCGACGAUGCACCUCUCUCCUCCCUUAAAAUCCCAGGGUCCGAUGGCGGAAACGCUGGAAUCCUUCCUAUUGUAACGCAACAGCGUGAUCGCUUCCGUGCCCGUGCUGCCCAAUUGGAGGAAGACCUUCGGAAACAAAAUGCGACCAUUGCACAGUUGAGGAGUGAAGUCGAGGGAUUGCAGAAGGACAACGUGCAACUCUACGAGAAGACGAGGUACCUCUCGCAAUACCGUGAGACCAGCGGCGGUGUGCGACGGACGAGGGCAGAGGAGUUGGCUUUGGACGAUCUGGAGGGUGGGAACAAGUACGGAAAGGCUUACGAACAAAGCGUUAACCCAUUCGAAGCAUUCCGCGGCAAGGAAUCCGCACGUGCACUCUCCUCACUUAACGGUUUCGACAAGAUCGUUUACUCUAUGUCACGGAUGGUACUUGCGAACAAGGUCACUAGGAACCUGUUUGUAGGUUACUCGGUCUUCCUGCACUUAUUGGUGAUGAUGUGUUUGUAUCGCUUAACGUUGAUGGAGACAGAAACAGCCACAGGAGCAGGAGGAGCGUGGAUGGUGCAAGAUGAGAAUGGUGCAAUGUAGGAAUUGAUAGUGGAAUAUAUCGGACAUACAGGAUCGUCUGGGAAAGUCACAACCUCCGUUGUUUACAAUAGGCCUAGGAUGUUGACGUAGUUCGGUCCAGAACAUAUCAUAAUCAUCUACAGGUUGCAAGGUCGUACAUGAGCUACGUCUUUAGGGCACUCUAAGCACUGAGCAUGCUAGAAGACCGAACGC